AUGAAACUAUUCAUUGUUCUUCUUGGUAUAUUUUUCUUACCUGCUACCAUGUCAACUCGAUGUAUAUCCGGAUGUGCUUGUUCCGAUGACACGCCUUGCGAAUAUUACUGCAAAAACAAAACAUGUCGAGAUCGAAUUGAACUCCACGAACCUUGUGAAGGUCAUGAUGUUCACCCUCGAGAAUGUGGUGGUAGUAAGUAUUAUGAUUCAUCGUCAAUGACUUGUGAACAUACAAAGAUCAAUGGUUAUAUGUGCGCCGUGAGCUAUGCCUGUGACUCUGAAUACUGUGAUCUUGAGCUUAGCACUUGCCAACGUAAUCCUGAUAAAUCAUUAAAGUCUUCGAAUCGUUCCUUCAGUGUUUAUAUAUGUGCACCGAUUGUCGCAGUUUUAGUCGUGACUUUUCUUGGAAUUUUGCUGCGAAUUUACAAAAGGCACACACUGGCGCGACAAGCAACUGCUUGGUAUCCAACUCAAACCCCGUAUGUUAUCGGAACAAGUGGCCAUGUCAUGCCAUUUGGCAACCGCGCAGCCUUUGCUUAA